AGAAUGCAUGGUCACUAUGGUCCUCCAAGAACACUAUAUAAGCUGGAGCAAUGUGAUGUAAAUUCAUCUCAUCAUAUCUUGGCUAUCAAGAGCUUUAGUAACAAUGACGAGAAAUAGGUUGUUCAACACUGCUGUUUUAUUUGCACUUGUUGUUAUCUUCUCUGGUUUCGAAACCAGAGGAGUCGAAGGUAGAAGUGGGAAGAACAUUAAUGGAAAAGGCUUCAUUAAAACGAGCCGAACUCAUUUCGUGCUUAAUGGAAAGCCAUUUUAUCUGAAUGGAUUUAAUGCCUACUGGUUGAUGUAUCAGGCGUCGGAUCCUUCCACGAUAGGGAUGGUGAGUACGACUCUCCAGCAAGCGUCGAUGCAUGGCAUGAAUGUGGCAAGGACUUGGGCGUUUAGCGACGGAGGUUACAGGUCGUUGCAGUCCUCUCCUGGUGUCUACAAUGAGGACAUGUUCAAGGGUUUGGAUUUUGUGGUAGCAGAAGCUAAGAAGAAUGGGAUUUAUUUGAUGCUGAGCUUGGUGAAUAACUGGGACGGUUAUGGAGGACGAAAACAGUAUGUUCAAUGGGCGAGGGAUCAAGGCCAUUACAUGAACGACGAUGACUUUUUUAGCAGCCCGGUGACUAGAGAAUUCUUCAAAAAUCAUAUUAAGGCUGUGCUGACAAGGGUAAACACAAUUACCGGGGUAGCCUACAAAGACGAUCCGACCAUUUUUGCAUGGGAGCUGAUGAAUGAACCUCGCGUCCAGUCUGAUCUGUCUGGCAAAGUUUUGCAGGACUGGAUCGUUGAAAUGGCAAGGCAUGUGAAAUCAAUAGACAAAAACCAUCUUCUUGAAAUUGGCCUUGAAGGGUUCUACGGUGAGUCCAUGCCCGAAAAGAAGGUAUUCAAUCCUGGUUACGAAGUUGGCACAGAUUUUAUCUCCAACAAUCAGAUCCCUGAAGUCGAUUUCUCCACCAUCCAUCUCUACCCCGAUCAAUGGGUGCCAGGAGCCAAUGAGCAGGGACAAGCUGAUUUCGUGAACAAAUGGGUAGCAGCACAUAUUGAAGACUCGGAAAAAGUGCUAAAGAAGCCAAUCAUGGUGACUGAAUUCGGGAAAUCAUCACGAACAUCAGGCUACAGCGUUGCAGCACGAGACGCGUACCUGGGGAACAUCUAUGAUGCAGUGUACAAGUCUGCAAUAUCAGGUGGAGCAGCAGGUGGAGCUGCGUUUUGGCAAGUGAUGGCCAAGGGAAUGGAGGGUUGGGGUGAUGGCUAUGAGGUUAUGUUGGAUCAGAGUCCUUCCACUGUGGCUGUUAUUGCUCAACAAUCUAAGCGCCUUUCAGCCCUUACCCACUGAUUCUUGGAGAGGUUAUAAAUAACUAAUAAUACACUGAAUUCUUAUAAAUUAAGGGGUUCAUUAUUCUCCCAGCUUGAGCAAUAUUGUUAUAGGCAAUUUUCAAUGACAUGAAUUAAUGAAUUUCGGGUUUGUUCUUAUUGCA